UGGGCAGCCCUGUAGUCCCGCGGCCUCCACCUGCCCUCACCCCUCCUUAAGAUGGUGGGGACCCGCUUCACCUCGCCGAAGGCGCCCUCCCCACUUGGGCCCUGGCGCUGGGGAGGGCCCGGCCGCUCCGGCAGGACCCCCCAGUGAGGGUGCGCCCCAGCAGCGUCGCGAUCGAAUGACAGCAACUCUCACGGGCCGCGAGGCCGGCGAUCCUGCUCCCAGGGGCCCCUUGCUCAGUGGCAGUAGGUGUCCCCCCAGCCAUCGGGGGAGAAAUGACCCCAGCUGGCUGGUUUCUUCAGUGCAGGCUGUGCUGGCCACCGGGUCUGGGAUCAUCAUCAUCCGCUCCUGUACCCACGUGAUCACCGACAGGCACUGGCUUGCCCGAGAGUAUGUCUGGUUUUUGAUUCCAUACAUGAUCUAUGACUCCUACGCCAUGUACCUCUGUGAAUGGUACCGAACCGGGGACCAGAGCAGCAGACACUCCCUCACCAUUUUUCGAAACUUCCUCCGUAAAAACCGCCUCAUGAUCACGCACCACGCAGUUAUUCUGUUCGUCCUUGUGCCGGUCGCACAGAGGCUUAGGGGAGAGCUUGGGGACUUCUUUGUUGGCUGCAUCUUCACGGCAGAACUGAGUACUCCGUUUGUGUCGCUGGGCAGAGUUCUGAUUCAGCUAAAGCAGCAGCACACGCUGCUGUACAAGGUGAACGGAAUCCUCACGCUGACCACCUUCUUCUUAUGUCGGAUCCUCCUUUUCCCCUUCAUGUACUGGUCCUACGGCCAGCAGCAGGGGCUGAGCCUGCUCCAAGUGCCGUUCCACAUUCCUUUCUACUGCAACGUGGCCAACGCCUUCCUCAUCGCUCCCCAGAUCUACUGGUUCUCUCUGCUGUGCAAGAAGGCAGUCCGGCUCUUUGAUGCCCCCCCAGCCAAAAAGGAUGGUUAACUGCUCCACGAGUCAGGCAGUGAGGGCGCCUCCUCCACUCGGUAUUCCCGUGGACCAAACUGCAGACUGCGCCCUGCGUGGCCGCAGCCUUUUGGGUGCUGACAAGCAGGGGGAUUCGAGUGUCUCUAAAGAGUGUUUUCCCAUCACCUCCCGCUUCUAACCUGCCCCGUUUGCAAAAGCACUUUUUUCUUAGUAACGACCAUUGGAUCCCGUCAGACCUCCACUGGCAGCAAGGUGGUUUUAAUGCGAAGCCCAAGGACCCUUCCCUGGGUCUUAUCUCAAGGGCUCUGGAGGUAGAAGCAUGGGGUGUGCAGAUAGGUGGACCAAGGUGAUAAGGAGCUGGGCACCUGCCUGGUCCUCAUGUUGGUGGCUCCCCACCUUUCCAGCCACUCAGGGAGUAUCCACACAUACUGGGCCAGCAGAAGCAAGUGAUGACUUGGUUCUUUUCUUGUGAUGUUGGCCUGGGAAAGUCGUUGUGGGUAGGUAGUUUUUUUUAUUGUUUACUAGAUAACCCGUUGGUCCUUUGCCUCAUCCUUUCAUCCAUGUGCCAACAUUGAAUCCUCCUGUCUACCGACUUCUGAUCAGAAGUCUCACUGGCAGGGUGGGGUAGGUGGCAGGGGUGGGAACCGGCAGCACCUGAGUAGGUAGGAAGGCCAAUAGGUCAGCACCUCUGCAGGCUGACUUGGUUAGACCAGUGUCAAACUUGUGAGCUUGCUGUCAACAGUCACAGAUACUAUUCCCUUUUUAGCAUGUCCCUCAAGCCCAGCUUUCCGCAUAGCCACACACACAGGAUGCUCUUAUUAAAAACUAUAGGGGUAAAGUGAAAUGAUGGCCACCGAGCUAUUCACUGGGUAACCCCUCUUGGACACCGUCCUUUUCCUAUGAAGCAGAACGGACUGCUGUAUUCCAAACCAUGAGAUGUCCCAUCUAGACUGCCUCCUGAUAAGCCAGAGCUUGUGGUCCAAAGUCUGUUCCUAUCUGACUUACUGCCAUCUAGCCACAGAAGGCUGGAGAGCAAGAGUGCAAGUCAGUCCUGGCCAAAUUAUGUUCUGUGGACCGACUCCUUCGCCCACCAUUUACAAAUAGGAUCCUCUGGUGCCAACACUAAUUGUUCCUGAACGACAAGGAUGGGUUUUAGAAACUGCUACCGUGAAGUUUUUUCCCAAGCAGUAGUGAAAAACUAGAUUUUUAAAAGUGCCUUUUAAUUCACUGUUGUCUGUGAACUUUUAAAGUGCUGAGUGUGUAACAGUGUCUCAAAUUUUGACUAUUUCAGUCUUUAAUGGGUGCCAUUUAAAAAACACAAAAUGCUGUAAUUUUUUUUUUUACUGUUUUGUUUACUAUCAGUAUAUCUUUAUAAAUCACCCCUGUGGUGACUAAAUUGCACUAAUAUUUUCCAACUUAUUCUCAUUUGUGAAAUAUAGCCAUGCCGACUUC